UCAUACGUCAUUAUUCCGCGACACAUGCAACUGCAAAUCAAAUAGUACUUUUGACAUUUUAGACUACGAGGACGACGAUAAACCGUAAUGUUACAGGAAGAAGUCAUUCAGACGAAAGUAGAUGUUUUAGGAGGAAGGCACAAUGAAGACUGCACGACAGAAGACGUUCAGCAAAAGGAAGAAAACCCUUUUAACUUUAGCCCGCGGCUCAUCUUCCUUCAUAAGGACCAUGAACUGUUUGAGGAUGGUGAUGUAGAAAGACACAUGUACCUUCAGGAUCUUUACAUUUCAGAGGUAGAGGACGAGAAAGCAACUCUCAGUGUGUCAGAGUUCGCCUGUCACAUCUCUGGCUGCAAUGCCACCCACAGCACUUUGGAGGAGUAUGAACACCACUACAACUCCUUGCACAGACACGUUUGCUGCUCCUGUCGGCGCUCUCUGCCCACCGCCAGGCUUCUGGAUAUACAUAUUCAGGAGUGGCACGACUCUCUCUUCAUGAUCCUGGCGCAGCGACAAGAUAUGUACCAGUGUUUGGUGGAAGGCUGUGAACACAAAUUCAGGACAAGCACACUCAGGAAGGACCACCUCGUACGAAGUCACAAAUACCCUCCAGACUUCAGAUUUGACAAACCCAAAAGACACAAGAGGCUUCAAGAGGCAACACAGCAGCAGCAUAUAGACACAGCAAUGGAGGUAGUGGAUGACCUGAGUGAAGUUUUGUGUGACGAUCAGUCCAAACAAGCCGCGCAAGAGGAAUCCAUGGAGAUGCUCGUAUCCACAGCAGAGACUGAUUUAACUGAAAAAUGUGUCUCUACUGAGGGGCAGGCAGGUCUUUCAACUGCAGUCAACAAUGCAACAAACUCGGCACAUACUGAUCCCCUGAAACAGCGAUACUCCUACAGAGUUCCAUCUAAUGUGUGCUUUGGACACGGCUCCAUCCGAGGCUUCAGAGGUCACAGAGGAAGGAGGAAGUGAAACCUCGUAAGGUUGAUGUUUAACACUCAAUUUCGGCUUUUAAUUCACUGAAAAAAAUCACAAUAAAUGAAAAUACAUUUGAUUUUAUCACAGUGUCAUUCAUGUGUGAAAAAAUACUUUUCACAACAAAACACAAAACAAACCUAAUAUUUUAAAGAGAUUUUAAUUUUCCAAAAACUUGUUUCCGUGUCAACAAUAGAAUACACAUGUAACAGAUGG